UUGGAUAUAUAAGCCUCAAUGGCAAACAGGCUUCUUCACUUUAUAGUUUCUUACUACUAUUGUUAUUUUAAAAUGGGUCAAUUUUUUCAAUUCUUGAAGAAAGGUUUUGUCGAACCAGAAAUCUAUCCUCUUGUCGGUGUCCUAGGUGUCGCUUUCAGUGCUGCUGCAUACAUGGGUUUACAUCAAGCUCGUGCUCCUGAUGUUGUUUGGGACCACAAAAAGAACGAAACUCCUUGGCAGCAAGUCAAUCAAGGUGACCAAGUAAAGUUGGCUGCUUACAACCAGAAGUAUGAUCGUAAAUUCGUUCGUAAAGAAUGGUAAACAUGAUUGUUAUAUAUUUAUUUGAACGCAUGUACAUAAAACUUGAAUAAACAUUGCAUCUUUGUAUUUUAAAUGAAGGUGUUUUUUUACACAGCA